GUAGCUUACGUGAAAAUAUAGGUGGUAUAAGAGCAGCGAUUGGAAAUAAACCAAUAAUGUUAGUUUUUGAUACUUAUGAUCUUGACUUUUGGAAGAAUAAUAUAACAACUAAUUUAAAAUCAAUCAUUAAUCAAAUGCAAAGCUUCCACGUUGAAGCAAUUGUCUUGGAAAACACAUAUAAUGAAUCAGCGAUACUUCCAGAUGGAAAUUUUACGAACCUUUUGGUAAAAUCGCUCCAGGAAUUUAAAUGUAUGUUACCUACUAUGAUGUUCGGUAUUGCUAUGCCUGCAAAAGCAAAUAUCAUUAUUAAUAGUAAGCUUAUUACAUUACAAUAAAUUGAGAACGAUGAUUAUAUUUUUGGA